UUGUAUGCUGUGCUGUGGCGCGCCCUGCAGAUGGAUGUUCACGGUGAAGCCAAUGAGAGUGGAGGGGAUUUCCCCACCCUUCCUCUACGCCAGAGCGAGACUGCCCUCCACCACCACCGGCAUUCCCAGUAUGCACCGCGGACAGAGCAGCAGAAAAUAGUCCGUUAACGAAAGGCUGAGAAAAGGGAACUAGAAAAAAAAGAGGGGGGUAGCUAACAGGCUAAAAGAUCCACGAGUUUAACUGUAACCGCAACCACAACUGCUAACAUGGCUGACAACGAGAAACUGGACAACCAGCGGCUGAAGAAUUUCAAGAAUAAGGGCCGUGAUUUGGAGACUAUGAGAAGACAGAGGACUGAGGUAGUGGUGGAACUCAGAAAGAACAAAAGAGACGAGCACCUUCUGAAGAGGAGAAACGUGCCCCACGAGGACCUCUGCGAGGACUCUGACGUCGACGGAGAUUUCAGAUCGCAAAACACCUCCCUUGAAGCAAUAGUGCAAAAUGCCACCAGUGAUAACCAGGGCAUCCAGCUGAGCGCUGUCCAGGCCGCCAGGAAGUUGUUGUCCAGUGACCGUAACCCUCCCAUAGAUGACCUGAUUAAGUCCGGGAUCCUUCCGAUACUGGUCCACUGCCUGGACAGAGACGACAACCCGUCUCUCCAGUUUGAGGCAGCCUGGGCUUUAACCAACAUAGCGUCUGGUACCUCAGAGCAGACUCAAGCCGUGGUCCAGUCCAGUGCCGUGCCUCUGUUCCUGAGGCUGCUUCAGUCUCCUCACCAGAAUGUGUGCGAACAGGCAGUCUGGGCCCUCGGCAACAUCAUAGGUGAUGGCCCUCAGUGCAGAGACUACGUGAUCAGCUUGGGUGUGGUCAAGCCGCUGCUCUCUUUCAUCAGCCCCUCCAUUCCCAUCACCUUCCUCCGCAAUGUCACCUGGGUCAUGGUCAAUUUGUGCCGCCACAAGGACCCUCCACCACCCAUGGAGACGAUCCAGGAGAUCCUGCCGGCUCUCUGCGUGCUGAUCCACCACACUGAUGUCAGUAUCUUGGUAGACACGGUGUGGGCUCUGUCGUAUCUGACGGACGCCGGCAACGAGCAGAUCCAAAUGGUGAUCGACUCUGGCAUCGUCCCACAUCUGGUACCUCUGCUCAGUCACCAGGAAGUCAAAGUUCAGACUGCUGCCCUGAGGGCUGUCGGGAACAUUGUGACCGGCACAGACGAACAGACUCAGGUCGUGCUCAACUGUGACGCUCUCAGCCAUUUCCCUGCACUCCUCACACACCCGAAGGAGAAAAUCAACAAGGAGGCAGUGUGGUUCCUGUCCAACAUCACAGCAGGCAACCAGCAGCAGGUGCAGGCCGUCAUCGAUGCCAAGCUAGUCCCCAUGAUCAUUCACCUGCUCGACAAGGGUGACUUUGGCACUCAGAAGGAAGCAGCCUGGGCGAUCAGCAACCUGACAAUAAGUGGAAGAAAAGAUCAGGUGGCGCACCUGAUCGAGAAGCAGGUGAUCCCUCCGUUCUGCAACCUGCUGACAGUGAAGGACGCCCAGGUCGUUCAGGUCGUUCUCGACGGCCUCAGCAAUAUCCUGAAGAUGGCAGACGAUGAGGCCGAAACGAUUGCUAACCUUAUUGAGGAAUGUGGAGGUUUGGAAAAAGUGGAGGCACUGCAGAAUCACGAAAAUGAAGAUAUCUACAAAUUGGCAUACGAAAUUAUUGAUCAGUUCUUCUCAUCCGAUGAUAUUGAUGAAGACACCAGCCUGGUCCCAGAGGCCAUCCAGGGUGGAACUUACGGCUUUAACUCAGCCAACGUGCCAGCCGAGGGAUUCCAGUUCUAGACGGCAUCUGGGGUAUUCUGGAGUUUUGUUCACGAUGCAGCACUCUGUUCAACAUAAAAAAAUUAGGAGAGAAAGAGCGAGAGAGAGCGAGAGUGUGAGAAAUUUGAUCCAUUGUGCUUGGCUCGUGGGAUCCAUGGCUGCAUCUUAUCUGAGAGAAAAAUGUGUGGAUUUCAUUUGGCAUUCCAGGGGAACCAGCCCAAAUGAAGUUUGAGAUGGCGAGUGGGUGCGAGUGAGAAUGAGUGGCUACAUGUUGCAAAAAAGCAAAACAUCUACAUCAAAUGCGUUGAGAGACAUGCCGACAUAACUUCUGUGUUAUUGGAGCUGUCGCCUUCGGAAAACUACUUCAAACGACAAAAAAACUCGAUGUCUGCCCGGGGAGAACCAAGGACAUCCAAAAAAUAAGAAAUCAAGAGAUCUUGAAAUAUUACAACAAACAACAAAAUGCAGAAAUGAAAUAUAACUUUAAUUAUGAACUGAGAUGAACCACGAACCAUCACAAUUCUGCGGUCCUCCGACUAGAGAGGGCGCCACCCUCGAAGUGCCCCUCCCCCAAUCGGCCACGCUAUCAGACAUGUGUGUGAAUGGACCCAUUUGUGUAUGAAUGUCUGGACUCAGUGCUGAGGAGCCAGGUUCAUCUCCUCCAACGAAACGCCCCCAACAGGGCACCAUCCUCUCCCCCCUGGUUGGGCGAGGCCAGGAGUCCGGCUGCGCGUGUCGCAUGUUGUGCGAGAGUAUGGACGGAUGAGUUGUGUGUGCUUGGCUGCGUGCGUGACUGGGAGUAUGCAAGUCUGGGUGAGAACGCAUGCAGAGACGGGAAAACAAAAAAAAUAUAAAUAACAACAUCUGAAGAGAAACAUAAAUUGAGAAACGCAACAAUGAGGUUAGCAAAGGUUUUCAGGAAAGAAAUUCUGCCUUUGAAAGAGAGGCUGAUCCUCAAAUCCCUGAAAGGAAGAACUUUGGAUAUGAAAAAAAAAGUCAUCGUCAUCACAAGGAUUUUUGAUUUUUGUUGUUUUUUUUGUUUUGAAUUAUUGUUAAGUUAGUAUUAAUUGACACUGGACAAUGCUAUUGGCAGGUGUGGAGCAGCAGUGCAUUGUAUUAAGAUGCAUUUGGUGGCUUUUGGGCUUUUUCUUUUUGCCUCCAGUGUGUUCCUUUUUAUGAUAUUUUUUUAUUUUCAGCUUUUAGUUUCAUUGCUUCUGUAAAGGUGAUUGACGACGAUCGUAUUCCACCCUUCACGCCACAACCCUAACCUACGCACCAGACAUGGGCUUUUUGAUGCUGUGAAAUUCUGACACCAUCACUAUAAUCAACCAAAAUGACCUGUUCCCCUUGUGACGAUUAAUUCAUUUCUUUCCUUCGACUUAUAGCAAAAUCACUGCGUUGCAGUUUUGUUGCCAUAGCUUCGACUUAUAUCACCAAGGGAGAAGAGAACAAUGGCCAUUUCACGUAGGAUUGUGAAUCAUAACCUUUGCAUGUACUAAACUAUAGCACAGUUAUUUUUUAGGGUAUUUUAGUUUCCUUAGGCUGUGGAUACAGUGUAAUUUUCAUUUUAAGUAAAACUGUGCUUAAAUGUUACAUGUUUCCCCCUUCCCUUACCCCCACACUAGUGUCCAAUUUGCUAAAUAAUCUAUGGUUUUGCACAUGUACUGCAAAGUGAGGCCUGAAGUCUUUCUGACGGUGUGUUGGUCGGUUUUCAUAGGUUUUUGACCUGCCAACAACCUCCUACAAUAUGCAUCACUCAACCACAAUCUUUGUUGUCUUUCUAGAGUAAUCCAAUGAUGCUUUUUAGUGAUACUUGAGAAAAUAAUGACUUUAUUUCAGGAGCAGCAGUAAUGAAUCUGCUAAUGUAUCUCAGCUAGACUUAAAGAGGGGGAUUUAACCUCACUCUUCUCAAGGUCAAAGGGUGUCCCCACAUGUCAGACUGGAGUUGUCCUAAGUGGGUUCUCCUGAAUAAUAAAUAAACCCAUGAACAAGUUUGCUGUACCUUUUUAGUACCUUGCAGAGUCCUCCUUACCUCCCCCCCCAUACUCCUCUUUCCUCUUAUACCAGCUAGGUGUACAAGCUUACCUUGACCCAUUUUUUUGUGUUAACUUCAAACACUGUAGUAAAAAUGAUUACACAUUGUGCUCAUACACCUUCUGUUGAACAUAGGGUUUUUUUUUUCCUGUUUUUGUUUUUUUGCAGCAUUCCUUGUUAGCAAACAUGUGGUUUCAAAUCUAAAAUAAUGACAUGGAAGUUAAAAAAAAAAAAAAGGUUAAAAAAAUAAAUUAAAAAAGGUGGUUUGGCCCCCAAAAAUUUUUUUGGGGGGGAGAUAGGCUACAGGAUAGGUUGUCUUCGAGAAAAAUAAAUAGUGAAACCCAAA